GAAAGGCAGAGAGAAGGAGGUUAGGGAGGGAGUGGAUAUGCAGAGGGGAAGUUCUCGCCUGCCAGCUGGCUGUUUGCAAGAUCUCAGACGGCAGCUCGUGCUGUAUGGCGAGUUUAUCCUUCUUUUGCAGCAGUGCAACAAGAGAAAAAAACAUAGGGAAUUUCCUCUCGGCUGGCAUUGACAGCCUCUGGGAUUCUAGGUGCUUAUAGACAACUGUGAACCUGCGUGGAUUACAUACCUUUUUUUACAGGAUAUGCUCCGCUGCGUGUGCUCAAGCAUCGUUUUUUCUGUUGACAGUGCAGAAAGCAGGACACUGCAGUGAGUUGAGGAUAUAAAGGGAAUGCUUGGAGGACCACAGAGACGAUCUCACUCUUGGACAGGUAAUCUCUGACGGAGGCCAAACUCUGAGGUGGAGGAGGCUGUAAAGAGGCCCUGAAGGAGCCUCCCACCCUCCCUACCUGACCAGCUGGACGCAUUGGACAGCCAUGGCUCCUCGGAAACGUGGCGGUGGCAACCGGGGUGGAGGCCUCUCCUUCAUCUUCUGCUGUUUUAACAGCAAUGAUCACCCGGAGAUCACCUACAGGCUGCGUGAGGACUUUGCCCUGCAGGCCAUGGAGCCAUCACUGCCGAUGCCAGGGUACGAUGAGCUGGACGACAUGUUCUCUGAGUUGGUGGAUGAGCUCGACCUUACAGAGAAGCACAGGGAGGCCAUGUUCGCUCUGCCCGCAGAAAAGAAAUGGCAGAUCUACUGCAGCAAAAAGAAGGAACAAGAAGAAAACAAAAGUGCAACCAGUUGGCCAGAGUACUACAUUGAUCAGCUCAAUUCAAUGGCAGCUAGAAAGACGCUCCUCGCGCUGGAGAAAGAGGACGAGGAGGAGAGAAACAAAACCAUAGAGAGCUUGAAGACCGCUCUGAGGACACAACCCAUGAGGUUCGUUACUCGUUUUAUCGACCUGGACGGCCUGACAUGCAUCCUAAACUUCCUGAAGAGCAUGGACUACGAGACCACAGAGUCGCAGAUCCACACGUCUCUGAUUGGCUGCAUCAAAGCUCUCAUGAACAACUCACAGGGCCGCGCCCACGUCCUCUCUCACUCUGAGAGCAUCAACAUCAUCGCUCAAAGCCUGGCCACAGAGAACAUCAAGACCAAAGUUGCUGUGUUGGAGAUCAUGGGUGCUGUGUGUCUGGUCCCUGGUGGACACAAAAAGAUCCUGGAGGCCAUGCUGCAUUACCAACGCUUCGCCUGCGAGAGGACGAGAUUUCAGACACUAAUAAACGAUUUGGACCGGAGUACGGGUCGAUACAGAGAUGAGGUCAACCUGAAAACAGCUAUCAUGUCCUUUAUUAACGCUGUCCUGAGUCAAGGGGCCGGAGAGACAAGUUUGGAAUUCCGCAUCCACCUCCGAUAUGAGUUUCUAAUGCUGGGGAUCCAACCUGUGAUCGAUAAGCUACGUUCUCAUGAAAACUCUACAUUAGACAGGCAUUUGGACUAUUUUGAGAUGCUGCGAAACGACGAUGAGCUGGCUUUGUCAAAGCGUUUUGAGUCGGUACAUAUAGACACCAAGAGUGCCAGCCAAGUUUUUGAUCUCAUCCGUAAGAAGAUGAAUCACACUGAUGCAUACCCGCACUUUAUGUCCGUCCUGCAUCACUGUCUCCUCAUGCCACACAAGAGGAGCGGUAACACGGUGCAGUACUGGCUGCUGUUGGAUCGUAUUGUCCAGCAGAUGGUUUUGCAGAACGACAAAGGUCACGACCCGGACGUCACACCACUGGAGAAUUUUAACGUGAAGAACGUAGUCCGGAUGCUGGUGAAUGAAAAUGAGGUCAAGCAGUGGAAAGAGCAGGCAGAGAAGAUGAGGAAAGAGCACCAUGAGUUGCAGCAGAAGUUUGAUAAGAAGGAGCGUGAAUGUGAUGCAAAGACUCAGGAGAAGGAGGACAUGAUGCAGACGCUCAACAAGAUGAAAGAGAAGCUGGAAAAGGAGAGCACCGAGCACAAGAAUGUCAAACAGCAAGUGGCCGAACUCACUGCCCGACUGCACGAACUCAGCACUCAGCGACAAGCUGCUGUUGUUCCCGGAGGCCCUCCCCUCCUUCCAGGUCCUCCUGGUGGUCCUGUGCCUCCUCCACCCAUGCCAGCCUUCGGAGGCAUGGUCCCACCUCCACCGCCUCCUCCCGGAGGCAUGAUGCCUCCUCCUCCUCCCCCACCCCCUCCUCCCGGUGGUCCUCCACCUCCUCCUGGACGCGCACCCAUCGGCGGCAUCCCUCCACCUCCAGGAGCACCCCUAGGACCCUCCCUGAAAAUGAAGAACAUUCCCCAGCCAGCCAAUGCGCUCAAGUCCUUCAACUGGUCCAAGUUAGCUGAGAAUAAACUGGAGGGCACCGUGUGGAUGGAGGUUGAUGAUGCCAAGGUUUUCAAAAUCCUGGACCUGGAGGACAUAGAAAAGACCUUUUCAGCCUAUCAGAGACAGCAGGACUUCUUUAUGAUCAAUAACACCAAACAGAAAGAGGCCGACGAUGACACGCUGAGCUCUAAAAAAGUCAAAGAACUUUCCGUCAUCGAUGGCCGUCGAGCUCAAAACUGCAACAUUCUGCUCUCACGGCUGAAGCUCUCAAAUGAGGAGAUCAAGAGAGCCAUACUAACCAUGGACGAACAGGAGGAUCUUCCCAAAGACAUGCUGGAGCAGCUGCUGAAGUUUAUCCCUGAGAAAAGCGAUGUGGAUCUUCUGGAGGAACACAAACAUGAGCUCGACCGAAUGGCAAAACCUGACCGCUUCCUCUAUGAGAUGAGCAGAAUAAACCACUACCAGCAGAGGCUGCAGUCUCUCUACUUCAAAAAGAAGUUUGCAGAGAGGAUAGCAGAGAUGAAGCCCAAAGUAGAAGCUCUGACAAAGGCGUCCAAGGAGAUUUUACACAGCAGAAACCUGAAGCAGCUGCUGGAGGUGGUGCUGGCCUUUGGAAACUUCAUGAACAAGGGUCAGAGGGGGAACGCUUACGGCUUCAAGGUGUCCUCUCUCAACAAGAUCGCUGAUACCAAAUCCAGUAUUGACAAAAACAUCACUCUCCUGCACUACCUGAUCACCAUCCUGGAGAAGAAAUACCCCAAAGUCCUGAUGUUCCAGGAGGACCUGCAGAGCAUCUCAGUGGCAGCCAAAGUCAACAUGACUGAGCUGGAAAAAGAUAUCAACAACCUGCGAAGCAGCUUGAAAAGUGUAGAGAGUGAGCUAGAAUACCAGAAGAAGCGACCGCAGGAACUGGGCGACAAGUUUGUGUCGGUGGUGAGUCAGUUCAUCACCGUGGCCAGCUUCAGCUUUUCUGAUGUGGAGGACUCUCUCACCGAGGCCCGGGAGCUUUUCCUCCGGGCAGUAAAGCACUUUGGCGAGGAUGCCAGUAAGAUGCAGCCAGAUGAGUUCUUUGGCAUCUUCGACCAGUUCUUGCAGUCAUUCGCCGAAGCGCAGCAGGAGAACGAGAACAUGCGGAAACGCAAAGAGGAGGAGGAGCGCAGGGCCAAAAUGGAAGCUCAGCUGAAAGAGCAGAGGGAGAAGGAGCGAAAGGCCCGGAAAGCGAAGGCGAACGGGGAAGACGAUGGCGGGGAGUUUGACGACCUGGUGUCGGCGCUGAGGUCAGGUGAAGUCUUUGACAAGGACUUGUCCAAGAUGAAACGCAACCGCAAGCGCUUUAACAGCCAGAACACGGACUCAACCAGAGAGCGACCAAUCACAAAGCUCAACUUCUAAGCGUUUGUUGAGGUCAUCGUGAUAUUUUCUUUGGUUUUUGCCCCCCCUGCCCUCAUCACAAGUUUCCCCUCUGGGUCGAAGUGACAUGCACAUUCCUCUGCACCUCCCUCCAUUCCCACCCAGCUCGGCUUCGUGGGUGCAGCGCUACAUGUUCAAACCUCUCAUCCUCCCGAGGUUUUGAUGUUUUAAUGGGACAGAAGCCAAAAGUUGUUAUUAACGACCGAACCCGAAAAAAAAAAAAAAAUCUGUUUGGACAAAUGAAAUGUCGUACAGUAGCAGGACGAUGUCUUCCCUCACUGGAGAGAAGUUUUCCUACAUGUGCAAGAGGUGUUUGAUAGGAACGGUUCUGUGCUGUCUUUUUGUACGUCAGAUUCUAUGCACAGAGAGAAAAUGUGCAGCAAGCAGACCCCUCCAGGGCUUGAUGCUCUAUCCAAACAGGAAGAUGAUUCCACACACAAAAAAAAAAAACACAAGGGGCCAUUUUGUACGGACUGAUUUCAUAGAGUGAGAUGAGUUGCUGAAUUGCUCUGGAGAUCAUUUUUGGAGAGUGACUGAAUCUGAACUUCCUGAUGGUGCUGCCGCCCCCGUUUGCAGUCAGAACCAUCACAGGACUGAGACACAGUAUUGUUAGACAGAGGAUGUUUUUGACUACAGGUGACGCAGCGAAGAAGCAAAGGUUUCUUUUCUAUUUGUCAUUGUUGACGUGCAGCAGUUAUAUAUGAUCACUGUAUGUUUAAUUUGAACCUUUUUCCUGUUAAGAGCUGGCCUUAACUCUGUCAUUUUUUAAUUGUUGAGUUGGUACUCUUAAAGGCCUGGGCCUAAUCUGCAAUUUCUCAACAAAUGUGUACACUCAUGUCAUAGAUGACAUAUAUCUAUAUAUAAGGUUACGUGCUUGUUUCACAUGCACAUAUAAAUCCAUAAUGACUAUGCUAAAUACCAUUAAAACCAUACCCAAUCAAUGCAAUACACUUGUUUUUGCGCUCUGAAGGAAAAGCCCUCCUUCAAGUUUAUCUUGAACAGAUGAAAUACGUUUUCUGUACGAUGGCUGGAUUUACACUGCAAACUACAAGAAGAAAAAUGACCUUGAACAUCCACUUGUGGUAUUUUCUUUCAUGCAGAAAACACCACAUGUUGACUUGUGUCAGCCGUGUGAAUCCAUCCAGAGUCCGAUCUUUCCUUUGGAGUUUUAUAAUUUAAAUAUUGCCUUCCAUUGUAUGACCUGAUGAGAAUAAACAGGAGAAAAAGUUA